AAAAAAACUCCACCCGGGUUGUUCUGUUGGACCUCCAGUCAUCGUUUGAGGGGAAAGACGAAACCUCAGGGCAAACGGAAGGAGAAACAUUAACUAAAGAGGCUGAAACUGAGAGUGAAACCACAACAAUCAAAUCACAAACAACAUCUAGCCCGAACAAGACAUCACCAUCAUUUAAAGUACCGCCAGGCUUCCAAAAUCUAGACAACAGGAGUCCCAUUUUGCGCCUAAAACAUGUAUUUGUACCAGCAGGUGGGUAUCAGUGUGAGCAGUGCAAUCAGUCCUUUCCCAAUGUAUCGCAGCUUAUGAAACACAAACGGCAGCAUGAAGAAGAAGAGAGCUCCUUUAUCUGUGACAUCUGUGAAAAGCAUUUCAAAAGGCAGGCAGAUUUUACCGGGCACCAGUGUGUCCACGAGCCUUCCUUUCCAUGCAACAUGUGCGAUCGAUCUUUCACGACAAGCCAUAACCUCAAGCGUCAUAAACUGUUGCAUGUCAAAGAUGGCAGGAAGUGCGCCAAGUGUGGCGUACUGUUCUGUCAGCGCCAUAGCCACAUCGUGUUCCUGCCGUUGGCUGACUCUGUAACCGAGUAUGAAGAGGAGUCCACCACCAUCGAGCCUCAACAUUUCGACAGUGACUUGAUCCCUGAAAGCCAUGUGCUGGAGAAGCCUGAGCCAAGCCGGACUGCUGACCUCAUCUCUAUACCGUUGUUUCUAAAACCUUCUUCUUUGUCACAUCUACCCCCGCCAGUUCCCAGGUUCUCAAGGAACCUGCACAGCUAUCCUGCAACGCAUUCGCCCUUUCCUCCCCAACAUCCAGAACUACCCCCCGCUCUAAAGCUCUUUUCACCACAGUACCUCACCUCAGCAUUACUUGAGGUUGAAAGAAAUUAUGAAUAUAUUUUAAGCAAACCAAGUGAUUGUGAGAAGAAGAAGAAUAGUGUAAAGGAGGAAAAAUCGUCUGAUUUCCCCAGAUGAGCAAAGCGUUGAGCAUUGUAAAAAAGGAAAUAAUUGCUUACAACCUGGAGGGAGUGUGGGGGGGUUCAGUGACUGAACUCAAUGCUGAUAUUUUUUAUUUAGUAACAGUUUUUCUAGUCAUUUGUUUUACCACUGUUGUUAGGUUAAUAACACUGUUCUGUAAGUAAGCAGAAUCUGUAACUGAUUGUAAAACUGUGCGGUUGGACUGUGGGCAAAUGCUCGUUGAUAUUGAUAUCACGAAUCUCAUUAUCUAGCAUCAUAUCUGACAAGAAUUGACGAUUAAUUCAGUUUUCAGUACCUGAGCUACCGGGAACCACAAAGAUGUGUUACCGACAAUGUAUGUGCACAUAAAGUUAUGUUGUUUUUUUACGCGUGUAUGUAAAUUUGGGAUAAACAAGUAGGCUAUUA